AUGGACCGAUUGCGUCGAAAAGUGUUCACGAAAGCAAGCAGUAGUUCUGGACCGAUUUUGAUCGAUUUGAAGAAAAACAUACCACCCGGAGGUGACCCGUUGCUCUCGGGUUGGGUGUUAAACGUCACGUCUCUGGUAGAACGAGUUCCGUUUUCGCAAUACGCGCCGAAAACGAAAGAGCAGGUGUGGCAAAUUCUCGUGUCGAUUCUCGUCUUGGUGAUUAGCGGGAGGUGGUUUCUCGCGCAGUUCGCGCAGCACAGAAGAGAGCGAGAAGGGUGGUGGCAUUUCCUGAAGAAAUCGAGGCACGUGCGGUUGAUAUUACCUCCCGAGUGCGUGACGGAAGCGCCGAUGCGGAGCCCGCUGAAACGGGUGACGAGGAAGAUUAAAAAGUACAUAAAGAAGAAAGGAAAGAAAAGCGGGAAGAACGGCGGGAUGAGUAACGGAGGUAUUCAGCAGUAUUUUAUGGACGACCAGGACGCGUAUUCGCCGAUUUUAAGCGUAGACGUGGACUUGUUGCCGGAAGACGCGAUGCCGUUGCUGGUGUUUGUGAACUCGCGGUCUGGAGGACAGACGGGGAGGCAUCUGUUAGAAGCGAUGCGACAGAACUUGAACCCGCUGCAAGUGGUAGAUUUGCACAAGACUGGUCCCGCGCCAGCGUUGAAAUUAUUCGCGAGCGUACCGAACGUGAGGAUUUUAGUGUGCGGCGGAGACGGGACGGUCGGGUGGAUUUUGCAAGCUUUGGAUGAUUUGGCGCAAGAGGAUUUAGACGCGAAAAUGGCGCACGCGAGCGAUGCCGUGAUGAACGCCUCGGGAGGCAGUAACCACAGUAGCAUGAAUGGAAACACCGACGCGUCUGCUUCAAAUACUAAUAACAACAACAACAAUAAUAAUAAUAAUAGUUUAGGCGGUGGAGGAGGAGGAUUAUCGACCGCGUUUAGAAAACCGCCGGUUGCGAUUUUGCCGUUGGGUACCGGGAACGAUUUAGCGAGAGUGUUAGGUUGGGGUGGUGGGUUUGGUUUCCAGGAAAUCAUCUCGGAGAUUUUGUUGCAAGUGAUGGAAGCGCACCCGACGUUGUUGGACCGAUGGACGGCGACUUUGACGCCCUUACCGAAGAAGGAGCUUUCCAAUCCGCAAACGCCGAAAAACGUGAGCGGAACGACGACUCCGGGAGGAGGCGGAAAGAGCGACGGAGAAAAGAGCGGCGGCGACAAAACUCCCGGAUCACCGACGACGCCGAGGUUUGGGUCCAUUGGAGGAUUAUCGACUGGAGACAAUAAGGACGGCAAAACCAAAACAUCUCUCCCGCCAAACUCCCCGCAAGUCCCGAAAUCCAUCGACGAGCACGCGUCGGAUGGCAAAUCCACCGGUUCUCUCGUCAUGGGCCCGAACGGCCAAUCCGAGAUUGUCUUCCAAAAUUACCUCGGUAUCGGCGUGGACGCGCAAGCCGCCUUACGGUUCCACCAAACUCGAAAUUCCAAACCCAACCUUUUCUUCAGUCAAGCGACGAACAAAAUCCUCUACGGCGUCUUUGGAGCGAAAGAUUUCCUGGAACAUUCCAUGGCUGGUUUGCACCGCGAUUGCUUAAUCUAUGCCGACGGUGUUCUCCAAGAUAUCCCGCAAGAAGCCGAAGGUAUUGUCCUCCUGAACAUUAACUCCUUCGCCGGCGGCGUACGCAUGUGGGAAAAAGAUGGCGAUUUUGGCGCCUCCUCCAUGCAAGACGGCUUGAUCGACAUCGUCACCGUCCACGGCGCGUUACACUUGGGUCAACUCAACUGGGGCGUGGACAAACCCGUCCGCAUUUGUCAAGCGAGAGAAGUUCGCAUCGAGUGUCUGCGAAAACUCCCCAUGCACAUCGACGGCGAACCGUGGGAACAACCCGCUUGCCAAAUGGACAUUCGCUUAAAAAACAAAUCCACCAUGCUCCGCCGAACGGUCGACAGUCGAGGCGCGUCCAUCCUACAAAUGCACGACGCCUUAGAGUGGGCAAAUUCAAACGCUAUCAUCUCCCCGGACCAAAAAGAAAUGAUCAUGAGCGAAGUCCACCGUCGCGCGGAGCGAGAAGACGACGACCACCGUCGCCAGCGCGAAAAAGAGAAGCGCGAAAAAGGCAGCUACAACAAUUUAAUGGGCCUCGCCACGGGAAGACGACACCGCAACGCUCGCGAAAAAAGACGAGGGUCCAUGAUGUGGGGCAGUCGAGACGCUUUAGCGUAUUAG